AUGGAGGGCACCUGCGCCGCAUCGACCGAGGCCUGCCAUCCAGCAGGUCUCGUCGUCUAUAUGGCUCGCUUCCUCGGAAUCGAGCAUACCUGCUUACGCAGCUCCGCACAGGCCAUUCAUGGCUGGCAACAUAUGGCAAACAACGUGGCUUCCGGGAAGAUGAGCAGUGCGAGUGUGGGGCCACGGAGACGGUGGUGCACGUACUUAUCGACUGCCCACGGCUUAGCGCAAUACGUCAAACACUGCGGCGAAAGAUUGGAGGGGCUUUAA